CACGAACACGUAAACAAGGCACCUAUGGUGCGCAACAACAUUUCUGAUUACAACACAACGAGCGUCUAGCGCAAGCCAACGCAAUGGCGCCUGGAAAAGCGACUAUGCUCUCAACAUUGAUUGACAUCUCUUCAGUAGAAGGUAAUCCUGGAUCUGAUAUCGAUAUGAUGCCUACACCCGAAUCCCAACCAGAAAACAAAGCCCCACCAAAGCGUGCAAGCGGCCGCGCGAAAGGCGCUGCUGCUGGGAGCAAAGUCAACAAGACAAAGGGUACAUCCAGAAGAGUAAGCGGCAGCAUUAAUGCGAAAACCAAGUCCCGCAAGGCUUUGUCGGAGCGGACGAUGAUUCCCAAUGACGGCAACGACACAGAGGAGGUGGAUGAUUUUGAGGACGAUCUCGAUCAUGCACCAAUAGUUUCUGGUAAAGGAGGCAAAAUGGUUCAAGAUGCGGCAACAUCGCGUAAAUCGCAUUCAAACAAAACAAUUUCAAAGAGCGCGGCAAAGUCGAAGCUGGUUGGCUCCUCAAAACAGGAUUCUAAGCAAAGAAUACCGGCGCCCCAGCCCGGAAAGUCAGACCAUGAUAUGAAUGAAACUCAGGAUAUCACUGUUGCGGAUUGUGCUCUUGAGCAUCAGUCAACGAUGCGCCAGACGCUCACCGCUCAACAAUCGAGUAGAACGCGGUCUUUUUCGCGACAACCAGAAUCGUCAUAUUCAAGACACAGAAGAGCGGGCAGCGCGUCUGAUUCCGAACGCGCCAAUGAACCCGCUCUUCGGAGAAAACUGGGGGAGUUGACGCGUAAGUUUGAAAACUUGGAGUUGAAAUACCGAACACUCAAAGAGCUUGGGAAUGGUGAGCUGCAGAGCAACUUCGAAAGAUUGAAGAAGGCAUCGGAUCAACGAGCUAAAGAUCAGGAGGAAGUUAUUGCGUCUCUGAAGAAGGAGCUUGCAGCACAAAAGGCUCUUGCUAGCGAGAGUCGAACAGUUCGCUCCCGGAACGAAGCGCUCGAAGCUGAUAACCGGCAACUCUCUUCAGAAACCAAAGUCCUCUCUUCUACCAUCUUGUCUCUUCAGAAUGACGUGAAGGCCUUGCAAGCCAAGCUUACAGCUGCACGCAGCAAUUCUGUCGAGAUGACAAAAACGGUUCCUGGAAGCGCCGCCAAAGGACGGGGCCCCGCGGCGAUUAAAGGUACGGAGAGCGAGAGCGAGCGAAUGCGCAUUAUGCAGAAGAAAGAGGACCUCUACAGCGAUCUCACAGGCCUCAUGAUACACAAUGUCAAAAGCGUGAACGAGGAAGACAUUUUUGAUUGCAUACAGACAGGACGCAAUGGCACCCUUCGAUUCCACCUCUCAGUUUCACAAGCUGAGACUAGACCGGCAUCCACGCCUGGAACUAGCUAUGACGAGGAAGAGUUUGCGUAUACGCCGAUGUUGGAUGAGAAGAACGACAGGCAGCUUUUGGAAGUCUUGCCUGAUUAUUUGACGGAAGAGAUUGUUUUUCCAAGGACUAGUGCUGCCAAAUUUUACCAGAAAGUCAUUGAUUGCAUGAAUAAGAAAUUCUUGGACGAAUGAUAUUCUAAUGGAGCGGAGCAACUAAUGCAUCUGGUGGUCUUGUGGAAUUAGUGGAUGUGGCUUGAUAUACCCUUCUGGAAUUGAGGUCUGAUGUCGUAGCACCGAAUGACACGUAUUAUUUUCUUACAAAAGCCAUCCUAUCUUGGAGCAAGGCUUUGAUUCAGGCAAGUUGUCGGUCCAGCUUGAAGCCGAAGUUACUUUGAUCGUGCGUAUCCUUCGGACUAGAUAAAAUUAUUCUGGGCUUAUUGAAAGCGCAGUUCAAAGCUUUGGUGGUAACUUCUGAUGCGCUGCAAUGCAAUAUUAGUCACGAUGAACGUAAUAUUUUAAAAGUACUAAAGAAUAGAGUGGAGUUCUUGAUAUACCAAGACUGAGAA